AAUUUUUAUGUUCCUUUGCUUCCGUCUCAGAUAACAGACAUAACUGUCACCCCCAUUUCAAAAACACUAUGAACAAAAUCUCUAACACUCUAAAAUCCAAACUUAUCAACCUCCUACAACAAGCAGAACCACCUACCAGAAAUCUCCCCCAGCUCUACUCUCUCCUCCUCACUUCAGGCCUCACUAAACACCACCCAAUCGCCGUCAAGCUCGCCGAGCUUCUCCUCAAUCUCAACAAUCCAUUUUUAGCCUAUAAAGCCCUCAAACAAUUCCACCACCAACACCAAACCCCCUUCCUCCUCAACUCCCUAAUCUCCGGCUUCACGAGAACCAACAACCCACAUUCAUCCAUUUUGAUCUAUAAUCUUAUGGUGGGUGAUGGGAUUUACCCUGAUAAGUACACUUUCCCUAUGAUAUUGAAAUCAUGUGCGAGGUUCUCAGGGUUCCGAGAAUCAAAACAGCUCCAUGGUGCUGCGAUUAAGAUGGGCUUCUGUUGUGAUAUAUUUGUUCAGAAUGCUUUGAUCAAUGUGUAUGGUAUUUGUGGGGAGUUUGGUAGUGCAAGAGAGGUGUUUGAUUUUAUGCCUGUGAGAGAUGUGGUCUCUUGGACUGGAUUGAUUUCUGGGUAUGUUAAAGGUGGACUCUUUAGUACUGCGCUGAGAUUAUUUGGUGAAAUGGAUGUGGAUCCAAAUGUUGCAACGUUGGUGAGCGUGCUUGUUGCGUGUGGGAGAGUGGGAGAGUUGAAGAUUGGAAGGAGAGUACACGGGUUGAUCUUGAAAAGUGAGGUUGAGAUAGGUUUGAUUGCUGGAAAUGCUCUUCUUGAUAUGUAUGUGAAGUGUGAGCAAAUGGAUGAGGCAACAAGAGUUUUUCAAGAGAUUUCAAAUAAAGAUAUCGUCUCGUGGACCAGUUAUAUAAGUGGGUUAGUGCAGUGCAAGCGCCCAAGUGAUGCAAUAGAGGUUUUCCACGAGAUGCAAGUAUCUGAGGUCAAGACUGACAAGGUCAUGCUAUCUACUGUGCUCUCUGCUUGUGCAAGCCUGGGCGCACUAGAAAUGGGAAGAUGGGUUCAUGAGUACAUUGAUCGUAAAGGCAUCGAGUGGGAUGUUCAUAUAGGCACUGGUUUGGUUGACAUGUAUGCUAAGUGUGGGUGCUUAGACAGGGCUUUGAGAACGUUUAAUGAGAUGCCGUGCAAGAACAUUUUCUCAUGGAAUGCAUUAAUACGGGGAUUGGCUAUGCAUGGGCGUGGUCGAGAUGCCCUAUAUUAUUUUGAUAAGAUGGUCAGAAUAGGUAUUAAUCCUAAUGAUGUUACCUUCAUUGCAAUAUUGGGUGCAUGCUCUCAUUGUGGUUUGAUAGAUGAAGGUCGUUGGUUUUUUGUUGCCAUGACCAAAGUUUACAAUCUCACACCUAGAAUAGAGCACUAUGGAUGCAUGGUUGAUCUUCUAUGUAGGGCUGGGCUACUGGAAGAGGCUUAUGAGCUUAUCAAAGGAAUGCCCAUGAAGGCCGAUGUACUUAUUUGGGGGGCAAUGCUGAGUGCUUGUAAAGCUCAGAAGAAUGUUGAACUCUCGGAAAAGAUUUUAGGCCAUCUUCUUGAGAUAGAGCCGUGUGAUAGUGGGGUGUAUGUUCUUCUGUCACAUGUAUUUGCAAUGAAAGAUAUGUGGGGUGAUGUUACGAGGGUGAGGAGAUUGAUGAAGGAAAAAGGGAUAAUGAAAGAACCGGGUUCAAGUUCAAUUGAGGUAAAUGGUACACUCUAUGAGUUCUUAGUUGGAGAGACAUCUCAUCAACAUGAAGAAAUUUGGAUGGUGUUGUAUAUUCUAGCAAGACACGGUACAACAUGAUGGAUCACAGUUCUGAGUGGGUUUACAUUUAUCAUGAUUAAUUAUGAUCUGUUUUCUUUUGGAUGGACCUAAGCUCUGAAACCUAUCUUCAUAUAUUCUCAAGAACGAUGAUAUAUUCUCCACCUCACUAACCAUCUUUAGGAGAUCAAACACACUCGAAAUCCUUAGCAACGUCCAUGAGAACUUAAGGAUUCUCGAUGUUAGCUAUCUGAAUAUGAGAGUUGACUCAUCAUGGAGAAUAUGUUAUGCUUUCAAGUCAUCAAUAUUUUAGAAGGCAUCUUCUAAGAAACAUUUGCAAGGGAUUUUCAACUCUCCCUUGUAUGCUCAUGUUUUUCAUCCGAAAGAGCCAUGCCCAUGUGAAGGAAUCUUUGUAGAUUUGCUGAUAUACUCAAGUGGAUCAGAUGUGUGGAAUCUCUUUGAUUGUUGAUGCUGGGUUGCAUAAAGCUACAAGCUCCUCUUGUUGCUAAAUCUCUACUGUGAACUUUUCCUCUAGAUAAAGUUUUCAAAGAGAUUAUACUUAGAGUUAAGCAGCAAUGAGCAAGGAUGAAGGAUCAAUCAAAAUUUCCAACACAAUUGCCAAAAUAAAUAUCCGUAAUUCAUUCAUUAAAUAUGUAUAUUCAUUUGUGUAAUAAUUUAUUUGUGUA